CACGCGUGUGGAAACACUCCAAAACCUUUAUCUUGACAUCCUCUUGUGCGAUCUUGAGAUAGCAAAUCACAUGAGAUGCUCUUCGCAAAGGGAAUCUCUGCCUAUAAAAGCAUGGCUUUGUUCUCAAACUUCUGACCACCAUAAGGUUUUUUAUUUUUCAUUAGUUGACAGUAUUCAUCAUGGUCACAUCCCAUCUUUAUGCGAAUGACGGUCGCCCACAUCCAUUUGAUCCUCUCUCGUUGGCCGAAAUUGAGUGUGCGGUCGCCAUCGUUCGGAAAGAGCACGGUGACCAACUGGCUUUCAAUGCCGUAACCCUCUCAGAACCCAAAAAAAAGGACAUGCUAAUAUGGUUGGCGGAUCCUGAAAACGCGGACCGCCCACUGCGAGCAGCUGAAGUGGUAGUUGUGCAUAAGAAGGGGUUUUUAUAUGAUGGGGUUGUGGAUUUGGAGAAUGGGAAAAUCGUAAAGUGGGAGACGAUUGAGGGACAACAGCCCACGAUUACCAUGGAAGACUUACAGAAUACAGAAAAAAUCGUGCGCUCGGACCCAAAAGUCAUUGCCCAAUGCGAGAUCUUGGGUAUUCCAAAAGAGGACAUGGAUAAAGUCUAUUGUGACCCUUGGACAAUCGGAUACGAUGAGCGAUUUGGCAACAAAGUCCGGCUCCAACAGGCCUUAAUGUAUUAUCGACCGCAUCCUGACGAUUGUCAAUACGCCUUUCCUCUCGAUUUUUGUCCCAUCGUGAACCCCGAAACACAAGAAAUCAUUCACAUUGAUGUUCCGCCUGUGCGUCGCCCCAUCAACACAAUUCCUAGCAAUUACCAUCCAGAGGCCAUUAAAGCAGAUGGUGGAUAUCGGACAGAUAUUAAAACGCUCAACAUUACUCAACCAGAAGGCGUCAGCUUUUCGAUGGCCGGACGAGCCAUUACUUGGCAAAAUUUCAAUUUUGUUAUUGGCUUCAACUACCGGGAAGGAAUAGUGCUACAUAACAUUACCUACAACGACAAGGGCAAGGUUCGGCCCAUGUUUUACCGGAUCAGCUUGGCGGAGAUGGUCGUCCCCUAUGGAAAUCCCGAGCAUCCCCAUCAGAGGAAGCACGCCUUUGAUCUGGGUGAAUAUGGGGCUGGAUAUAUGACGAACUCGCUAUCUCUCGGCUGCGACUGCAAAGGGGCCAUUCAUUACCUCGAUGCCGCAUUUGUGAACCGUGCCGGCUCUGCAAUCACGGUGAAGAACGCAAUAUGUAUCCAUGAAGAGGAUGACGGAAUCCUCUUUAAACAUACAGAUUUCCGAGAUGGCUCGUAUAUUGUUACUCGGGGUCGCAAGCUGGUGGUCUCCCAGAUUUUCACGGCGGCCAAUUAUGAAUAUUGUGUUUAUUGGAUAUUCCACCAGGAUGCCACGAUACAGUUAGAUAUUAAGUUGACAGGCAUCUUGAACACAUACGCGAUGGCACCUGGAGAAGAUACGAAAGGAUGGGGAACAGAAGUUCACCCUGGUGUUAAUGCUCAUAAUCACCAGCACCUAUUUUGCCUUCGCUUGGACCCCCAAAUUGACGGUAAUGAGAAUACUGUGAUGCAAGUCGAUGCUAUGCGAGGACCAGGUGAAGUUGGGUCCGCGGAAAAUAAAUACGGAAAUGCCUUUUACGCGCAAAAGACAAAGUUUACCACCGUCAAGGAGGCCAUCGCGGAUUAUGAUGGGAGUACAUCGAGGACUUGGGAUAUAUGCAAUAUGUCAAAAUUGCACCCUUAUUCAGGCAAACCUGCAUCUUAUAAGCUUGUUUCUCGAGAAGUCCCUCAGUUCAUGCCAAAGGAAGGUGGCUUAUGCUGGAAGCGUGCAGGAUUUGCCAGACAUGCCCUGCAUGUCACAAAGUACGAUGAUGCUCAAGUACAUCCGGCUGGCAGACACGUCCCUCAAACCUCAGGGGACCCGUCGCGAGGUCUCACGGAAUGGAUUCAGGCUAACCCGGACCAGAAUAUUGAUAAUGAGGAUAUUGUCGUCUGGCACACGUUUGGUCUGACACACUUUCCAGCUCCUGAAGAUUUCCCAAUCAUGCCUGCGGAGCCAAUGACAGUGUUGUUGAGACCCAGGCACUUUUUCCGCAGGAAUCCAGCUUUGGAUGUGCCACCUAGCUAUUCCGUCACCCCGACCGAGGCUGCGAAAGGGGCUGCGGGAUGGGAUGGAACGGAUCGGCACAGUAUAAAUGCUUUGGCGGAAACGAAUGGAUGUUGUGCAAAGUGAAAUGUUGCACUGUGGGCACGCGAGAAUACGUGUAGGCAAUGAGAACAAAAGUGGUUUCCAUUAUACUACAAAAAACUAGGAGGGAGAGCUUGCAAGAAGGAAUUGAAUUGUAUUUAGUUCAGAAGUUGGAUGGAUGUGAGUUGGCGUAACGACCCAGAGCCAGUACUAACAUAGUCAGUAAACAUGUGUAAUUAUCACCACCAUUCCCCACGUAUCAGGGAUCCUUGAUCAGCGAGAAACUGAAUUUACAAUGGCUG